AUGGCGCAUCCCGGCCGCGUCUGUCAGUCGUUGUUCCACGCACCACGGCGACCAACCAACCUUGCGCCGAAUUUUACGUCAUCACGUGACAGGCUCUCGGGGCCGGGUGUUGUUCCUCGCACGCACGCACGCACAAACAAACAGUCCGUCAGUCACUCUGUGAGUGAUGCACAAGGCGCAUGCAACAGAACGCACUCCCUCCACCUCCGCGACACCCCGCUAUCUCGCCUACACUGCACCUACACCAACCACCACCACCACCACCACCACCACCACUAUCAUCCUCACCCGCCCUCUCUCGAUACGCACUUCGUCGUCGCUACACUCUUGCCUGUGCCUCCCCACAGCACAAAAAUCAUGGCGCUCAAUAGCGCUGGCGGCGCGAACAGCGUUGCCCGCGUCUACGCCGACGUCAACGGCAACAUGCCCCGCUCCUACUGGGACUACGACAGCGUCAACAUCUCUUGGGGCGUCCUAGAGAACUACGAAGUGGUGCGCAAGAUCGGCCGAGGCAAAUACUCGGAGGUGUUUGAGGGCAUCAACGUCGUCAACUACCAGAAGUGCGUUAUCAAAGUGCUCAAGCCGGUUAAGAAGAAGAAGAUAAAGCGUGAGAUCAAGAUUCUGCAAAAUCUCUCCGGUGGCCCCAACAUUGUGUCGCUGCUCGAUGUUGUGCGCGACAACCAGGUUAGUGAUGGCUCCGACUGGGUUGGCGAUUGGAGCAAGACGCCCUCGCUCAUCUUUGAGGCGGUUAACAAUACAGACUUUAGAACGCUCUACCCCAAGUUCACCGACUACGAUGUGCGCUUUUACAUUUCCGAACUUCUCAAGGCCCUCGAUUUCUGCCACAGCAAGGGCAUCAUGCACAGGGAUGUGAAGCCCCACAAUGUUAUGAUCGACCACGAGAAGAAGAAGCUUCGACUGAUCGAUUGGGGGUUGGCUGAGUUCUACCACGCCGGAACAGAAUAUAACGUCCGCGUUGCCUCUCGCUACUUCAAAGGCCCCGAGCUGCUCGUCGAUUUCCAAGAGUACGACUACUCUCUCGACAUGUGGUCUCUCGGUGCCAUGUUCGCGUCCAUGAUCUUCCGGCGCGAACCCUUCUUCCACGGGAACAGCAACUCGGAUCAGUUGGUGAAGAUUGCCAAGGUGCUUGGAACGGAGGAUCUUUUUGACUAUCUCGACAAAUACGACAUUGAACUAGACGCCCAGUACGACGAUAUCCUGUCACGGUACCCGAAGAAGCCGUGGCACUCAUUCAUAAACGCGGAUAACCAGCGUUUCGUUAGCAACGAUGCCAUUGACUUUCUGGAUAAACUGCUGCGCUACGACCAUCAGGUGAGACAGCCGCCCUCUAUUCCCGUCCUGCGCAACGAAUACUCACAGUUGAUACAGGAACGACUCACAGCCAAGGAGGCUCAAGCACAUGCUUACUUUGCACCGGUCCGCCAGGCAGCUGCGCAGAACAACAGCGCCGGCACGUCGGUUUCAUGA